AUGAAGAAAUUGGACGUGCAUAAACUAUUAGGAAUCUCCCCCAAUCCUCAAAGUGAGACAGGGGCAACCGCGUGCCAGUGCGAUUUAGGUCGUGAGAAAUUGCUAACAGCCCCACCUUACAAAACCACACCGUCUGGGGAUGAGACCAAAUCUCGAUAUCCAACUGCACCGACUACAAGAGAGGCUGAUCAGUUGACAUGCCCCAUAAGCCACAUAUUAGUCACUUUUAAGUCGCCUCUAAACCCCACUGAUGUAUUCAGCAAAGUAUUUCCAGCAUCGACACCAGUAAAAUUUGUAAAACGUAAACUAGCAAAAUUACUGGGUGUAUCAAAUAGUAACCUAAUAUUAACUAAGAAUAGAAAUGUAUUGAAGGAGACAAGUAUCUUGUCACAACUUAAGGCUGAUCCUCUUGGUAACCUUUCUGUCGACGUGUUUACAAAGGAUUCAGAGGACUUUUCACUGUCCUCAAUACCAAAAGAAUCGUACGUCCACGAAUUACUUCAUGCAGUACUUCCAAAAAAGAAAGAUAUGCCUUUUAUCGCAAUCAAGUUCAGGGUACCAAAUCAGAAUGCCACUUUUACUCGUUCCUACCAUUCUAUAAUGAAAGUUCAUGAAAUAAAGAAAAAUUUGGGAGAGCUCUUUCAAGUAGACCCUGCCGUUCUGGUGUUUCUACGAGGAGAUAAUCCACUAAAAGAUCGCAUGGCUCUUAUGGAUCUCGAUUACGACAAAUAUGGAAUAGCUGAGAUUGAAGUGCUUACGACAAAUAAUGCAACAUUGAACUUAGAAAAACUAUACAAAGAGAUACCAGUAAAUGACGUUUUGAGUGUAACGGUGCCGUUUGGAAGUACGAUCAAGCAGAUUAAUGUUGAAAUAUUUUCUGAACCAAUGACAAAACCUUACCUAGGAGGAUAUAAGAAUGUGCAUACAGGAACCAUAUAUCACCAUGCGUAUACUCAAACACCACAAAAACCGGAGAAAUUACGUCCAGAAGAGAAAAACUGUCGAGACACACAGACAGCAGAAGAAAAGGAAAAACUUUAUGCCUACCAUGAAAUGUUAAAGCGUGAAUCUUCGGGCGAGAAAGAGGGAUGGAGCUAUAGACCUUUUAACACGUCAUGGGAAAGAAUAGAAAGAAUGAAAGAGGAAGAUAGGUUGGAAAAAGAAGCUAUGGAACGACGUUUACGGCGAGAUCUAAUCACCAAGACGUUUCCGAAGACUCGUGAAGAUUUUGAUCAAUUAUACGCCAUGGUUGAUCGAUGGAAACAUGCUGAAAUAGCACGAAUAUCACAAUUACACGCAAAAGGACCAAAAAUAGCAGAAUUUUCGUUGCUUCUCGAUAAGGAAGUGGAAUUACUGAGAUGCAUUGAAGAUUACAGAGUAAAAGUUAAGGAAGAUAGUCGGAAGAUUAAAGAAAAAAGAUUUUUAGAAGAAAUAUCGAAACCCGUUGCAUGGUAUGGCCGCAGCGGAAAAUUAAUUACGAUGGAAACAGUUGAAACACAGAAAGCUAAAAGAUUAAAAGAGCUUUAUAAUUCAUUUAUACGAAACGACAUGGAAACUAAAGAGCGCUUGGAACUUCUGGUGGAUUUCAAAUUCUCAUUGCAAGAAUUUCGUCAUCCACUGGCUGAAGAAAUUAUUACUCUUCUGGAUCAAGAAGCCGAUCUACUAGUUAGGCGAUAUAACGCACAUCAGUUAGAAUUUUUAAGACGAAGAACUGCUGGUUCCGUCUUCCGUUUAAUACAAACGUCGGAACUAAAUUCUGGCGUAACCAAACAUAAGGAUAUAAGAGAUUACCAAAAAAUGCAGAAUGGAAAUCUCUACUUUUGCGAAUUAUGUCAUCAGGUUAAACCUUACACUGAUUUCCCAUUGAAUACGAGGAUGAGCGGGUGUUUAAUUUGCAAAUCGUGUUCGUGGAAAGACGUAAACGAGCGUAGCUGGAUAGACAUGACGCCUUACAAGUUUAUCUUGAGAGCAGUACAACGCGAUGAGCGUCGCCGAAAGUGUUGGGGAUCUUUAGCAUUUGUUCUUCAAGAAAAAGACAUUUUCUUUAUAGUAGAGAAGCUUUGGCAUUCACAUUCAGCCAUUAGUGAAUGCGAUGAUGUCAAUGAGCUGCGGUUGUGUAGAUGGCGAGUACAGGAGGACUGGUCACCGUGGAACUGCUUCCUAAUUACUGUUCAAGAAAUGAAGGCACAUUUGAAACUAGAGGAUCCUGAAGUAGUGUAUGAUGAAGAAUUGGUGCAGAAGGUUGGGAAUAAACAUAAACUAGCGAAGGCCAAUUUUGAGCAAUUAAUAUCAGUGAACAAACGGUACACAGAGACAGGUGACUGGCAAAACAUACGAGCUCCAGCCAUAGCCCGCGUGGACGCCGUAGAUAGAAUUUAA